CUCCUCCUCCCUUCCUUUCCUCGCCGCAUUCUCACAGUACAGUGUCCAGCUGACGGACUGACCGCCGACCUUCCAAAUUCCCAACCAGAAUUACAGCGAUAAGUUCGUUAGUCUAAAACAAAAUGAAUCCACCGAUGGCCGAAUCUUCAGUCCAUGACUCGGAAUAUACGAAUGAACACACCAAUGAAUCCACUAACCACAGACGGAGGUCCACCAAGGGUGUUUCAAGAAGAUUAAACGAAUUUUUUUCAGGUCUUAGAGAAACAGUGGGCACUUACUGUCGUCAACGUCUACGUCACAAAUCACGAGGAAGUUACACCGUGUCAACGCCGCAGUCUGAAAGUAUGGAACAAGCUUCACCUCGCCACUCAGAAGUCUCAGAUCUCUCAACGGACCCACGUUCGCGUACUGGUGGAGCCUGCAGUCUCGUGUCCUGUGCCUGCGAUGAGGUCGAGAGAACACCGCCAAAAAUAUGCAAAUCCACUCGUAUGUGGAAAAAUCUACAUGAAUGGUUUUUGGUUCAUGGUGGUCGAGAUGACCUAGAUUCGUCGUCGGCAUCAGGUUACUUAGGUGAUGACCGCAUUCUGGUAAAGACCAAACGCCAGUGGGAAGGUCUCGACAAAUGGUUCGACAAUCAGGGAGCAGAAGGAGAGCGCAUCUUUCAGGUCAUCCCCCUCAUUUCUUCAGACGAGGAUGAAUCCGUCCCGGACAUAGCCAGCUCAGUCUUUGUCAAUAUCACAGUCUCAGAGAAAUUCUCGGAGGACACCAUUCACAAAACCGCCAUAGUCCACAGACCAACCUGGUCACUCAUUGACUGGACUUCCUCUUCUUCCGAUUGUUCAGAUGAAGACGACUGGGAGAUAUCAUAUGACUCAGAUGAUCGUGAGAACACGCCAGAAAGCCAGGACAACAAUGUGAGAACCAACAAUACGUUGAGGAUGAUGAUGUGAUGACAGUUUGUGUUUAGGGCCCUUUUAGUUUUGCAAUAAUUAUUUGAUGGGUUUCCAAUAUUAUUUCAAUAGUAGUUUAUAAUUAUCAAGAGAAGAGACAAGGGGGAUACCUGUGGUAGAUCGGUACGCCGCACGAGGCCAAAUCAAGUCGAUAUAUAGGUAAGAGUUGAAAACCGAGUGGUAUCCGACUACCGAGGAGGACCUAAUAAUCAUGAAUUUUAGAUGAAUCAAUACCAACAUUUUCUUUAGGUUAACCCCAGCCUACACAAAAAACCAGAGCAGUGCUCUAUUUUUUAGAGGUUUUGGUAACGGUUAGGUUAAGAUUUUUGUUUUAUCAAAUUUGUUAAAAUCAUCCUUUGGUUUCCGAACUCUUAGUCUCACGAAAUUUGGAGUUAGCUUUAUUAGUACUUAGCGUGAUAUCAGAUAUCAGUUCCAGCAGUAUCUAUUUAUAUUACUGACGGUCAUUAAAAACGCACCACUUACAAAACAUUUCAAAUAAUGGUGAUGUGUUUAUUUUUUAAAGCAGAUUGUAUACCAU